ACCCGAGCCGAAGCCCUAAUCCAAACACCUUCACACCGUCGGUUGAGCCCCCUCACGUCUCCCGCUCACGCCGCGACGAAGCAGAAGGGUUUGAUCCGAUUCUAAGGGAGAGAAAUGGAUACCGCACUCUUCUCUCCGUCUUCUCUUUUCAACGACGACGAUGGCGACGACAGAGAUCGAGAAGAUGGCUCCGAACCUGAAACAAAAGACGAUGCCCUCCAACAGAACUACAUCGAAAGAACCCAUGCUUUUCCUGGAAUGGAGUUGCUUGUUCGGGAAUUCUCUUUCCAUCAGCUGAAUGCCAAUUUACUGUGGCCUGGAACCUUUUCUUUUGGUGAAUGGUUAGUCCAAAACAAGCAUUGGUUACAAGCUCGGCCCCAGAUUCUUGAAUUGGGCAGUGGUACUGGAGCUUUGGCCAUUUUUCUACGAAAAUCGUUUGGAGUCGACAUCACAACUUCGGAUUUUGAUGACAAGGAAGUUGAAGAAAACAUAGCUCAUAACUGCAGGAUCAAUCAAUUACCUGUGUUACCACACAUCCGGCAUUCAUGGGGCGACGCCUUUCCAACAACUGAUCCAGAUUGGGACUUGGUCAUUGCCAAUGAUAUCCUAUUAUAUGUGAAACAGUAUCCCAACUUGAUAAAGACUCUGUCCUUCCUACUUAAAGCAUAUAAGCCAAAGGAUGCAAAACUUGAUGUUGAAAAUUCUGCUGAUAAGGAAACUGUAAGGGAUGUGGGAUUGAAACACCCGACAUUCUUGAUGAGUUGGAGACGAAGGAUCGGCAAAGAGGACGAGGCACUGUUCUUCACUGGCUGUGAGGAUGCCGGUCUCACAGUAGAGCAUCUUGGGUCUCGUGUAUACUGCAUUCGCCCUGAUAAGGCAUGUAAUGUGGAAUAAUAAAACCAGCCACACCAAUAUUCCAAAAUCUACAACAAUAGCACCAGCAAAACCAAUAUUCGGAGUCAAUGGGUUCUUGAAAAUUGGUUGGAAAUUCAGAACUAUCUAAACUCGUUUUCUAGGUAAAUUGUUUUGGAAUGUAAAAGUGCAUUUACUCUCUCUGCUACUGAAUAUAAAAUUCAUGUCAAAAUGGCAUUUGUCAAAGAACUGAUUUUGAAAUGGCUGUGAGGACUGUUGGUAGGUUCAUCUGGCCUGUUUGGUUU